AUGUUCUUUUAUUGUGGUUUUAAGUGGCUAGUGGACACUUCAGCCAAACACAUGAGAACACUGUGAUCUGCCUCUUCUAUCCUUUUAUCUGUGUUCUGUGAUGUUAUGUGACAAAACAAAUUCUUGGUACAACCACUCUUGAAUAGGUGCUGGGUAGUUGUUGCAGUAGUUGUUCUCAUCUCCUGCCGUCAGCCUCUAUCUGGAGUGCCUCAAAGUUCAACCCUGGGACCUCUUGUAAUUUCUUGCAGUUGUAUAUUAAUUUUCUUUUCCUUACCAUUGAUCCCAGACAAAAACAUUAUGUGCAAAAACAAGUACGCCUCCUGUUAGAACAUGAAGGUGUGCUUUAAUUUCACUGAAACUAAGAUAAUUACAGAUAAAACUGUGGUUCAGCAGUAGCUCAGAGAAUACCGCAGCAAAUGUGGUCAAACGCCUUCGCUAAACCAUAGGUCAUGAGGAAAUGCAGCCUUUGGAGAUACUGUCUUCUGUGGGCUACUUCAGCAGAAACAGCAGGUGUACUGAAACUGACUUUAUGCAGCACCUUAUCUCUUCAGUGAACUAGUUAAAUACACUGAUAAAAAAAAACAAAAGACAAAAAGAAGGCCAGACUCUACAAUCAUGUGGGGAUUUCUGAGUCCUCUCACAUGAAAAUGACCAUACAGUGAGGAAAUAGUGACACUAGCUUCCUUUUCUGGUAUUUUACUCCUCCUAAAAGAGUCACAUGAUAAGAAGUCUCAUCACUGGUGGACAAUUCAGCAUCUACAAAUCGUCCAUCCCCCAACUUCAACAUCUUGUUUAUACGUGUGAAAUCUGAAACAGAAGAGAAGGGCGACUGGGUUUCAGCUUCUCCCUCGCAUUUCCUCCUGAGACAACUAACACAAACACCAACGCGAAGAUGUCCGAUGCACUUUGUAUCGCAGGUUCACUGUUUGGCACCACAGAAAGUCAACAGGAAUGUGGUUCCUGUUACCUAAUAAACAUGGGGUCUGUUGUGGCCAUUAUUGCCUGUGACAUUAUGUUGACCAUUUUCAUCACUAUCUCAGUCUUCUGCUUUGCCAGCGUUCAUAAGAGAAGGAGAGAAGUGGGUUUCCAUGAUGGUAAAAGAAGUAUUCCAUCAACCAUAUCAAAGAAAAUGGUGGCAGAGGUCGCAGAAUCACCAUACCAGGAGUUACAUGGAGUCCAGUCAGAUGUGUACAGUGAGCUUCGACACUAUAGGAAGUAAAACAGUGACGCUACAAAAAAAUCCUGAUGAUGUUUUGUUUUUUCUUGUUAAACCCUAAUUAUAUCAUGCACAAUGGCAACUUGCUAUAUUUUGUAUACUCCUGCAGCAUUAUAGGAAACAACAUAAUACAUAUUAUAUCUGUUGCAUGUUCUGGAUUUGCAUUGUAUCAACAGACUUUUGUGCUACAAAUUGUGUUCUCAUUCUUGUUUUUUUAAUUACUACAUGUAUAUAAGUUAUGUAUAAUAUUUGUAUUUAACUAGCUGUAAAUUAAACUACAUUUCAAAA